AUGUCGGCAGGCGAGCGAGAAACAGUCAACCUCGACGCCUUGGAGCCGCAGCAGCUAGCCCAGGUCAAGAAACAGCUUGAUGAGGAGCUCGAGCACCUUACGUCGUCUUUUUCGCAGCUUCAUGGCGCCCAAGGAAAGUUCAAUGAAUGCCUGCGAUGCGUCAACAGUCGCUCCGAGUCAAAAAAUAGCUCGAACGAGGUCCUAGUGCCACUGACCAACUCUCUUUACGUACGAGGCGAAUUAACGAAUACCGAGACGGUGCUUGUGGAUGUUGGUACAGGCUUUCUUGUGGAAAAGAAACUAGAGUCGGCGGCUACGUUUUACGAAAAUAAGAUCAAGGAGCUGACGCACAGCCUGAAAGAGCUCGAGGCGAUUGUUCAGCAGAAGCAAAUGAACGUGCGCACUAUCGAAGAAGUUCUACGGCAAAAAUUGAUAACACAACAGUCCAGUCAAUCUCAAUCCUAA